ACAAUAAUAAGAAACCCUUAUUUAAAUUGAUAUAAACUGCACAAAUAAUGAGGAUAAUUCAGUAAAUAUGGUCCAUUAUCCAUUAUGUCCACACACACGUCAUUUCUAACAUGGUUAGACUCGUAAAAAUAGGACAAUAUUAAUGGCAAUUUCACUUACCAAAUCCUAUAUAUACACCAUCCAUCCAUCCAUCCUAUCUUAAUUAUUACAUAAAGAAAAAAGCUUACCUAAGAAAUAAAAAAACAAAAAUUGACCCCCAUGGCAAUGGCUUUCAAGAUGGCGAUAACAGGAAUGUGUUUGACAGAGGAAUGCAAGAAGUCGUUCAUGGAGAUGAAGUGGAAUAAGGUGCACCGCUACAUAGUUUUCAAGAUCGACGAGUCAUCUAAGCUUCUCACGGUGGACAAAGUCGGCGGCCCAGCUGAAGGCUACGAUGAUCUCACGGCGGCGCUGCCUCACGACGACUGCCGCUACGCCCUCUUUGACUUUGACUUCCUCACCGUUGACAACUGCCGAAAGAGCAAGAUCUUUUUCAUUGCAUGGGCACCAAGUGGAUCAAGAAUUAGGGCAAAAAUGCUGUAUGCAACCUCAAAAGAUGGAUUAAGAAGAGCAUUAGAUGGCAUUCACUAUGAAGUUCAAGCUACUGAUCCAACUGAAAUGGGAUUUGAUGUCAUUAAGGACAGAGUCAAGUAAUUAAUUGGGAUUAAUCUGAUAUGAUUAGGGUUAAUUAAUCAGAUCACGUCAUGAUAUCUAAUCACCUUUUUUGUUUUUAAGAAUUCAAUAAUUAACUCCACUUUAGAGAUGCUUUAAUUGUUUUCUUUUUCAGUCUAUAAUUACCAAAACCCUUUUUUCUAAGUGGUGGUGGUAACUGUGUUACUGUAAUCUGUCCUCUAAUUUGUAAUAAUAUACUUUGUGAUGUCCUUAUCAUCUGAUUAGCAAUAUUUAACAAUAAAGCAAAAUAGUUCUUAA